AGCAUUUUCAAAAAUGAAAUUCUUCGCUUUCGCCAUCUUGCUAGUCGCUGCUGGUGCUGCCGCCGCUCCACAAGAAGUUGAUGUAGCCCAGGGUCGCAUCUAUGAUUUGUGGGUUAAGGAUUGGAUCGAUCGAUUGAUUAAAUAUAUCGAUGGCAGAGGAUGGGACCCCAUGAUCGUUGAGAAACGCGACUUCAACAUCGUCAUAAUUUCAAGACUUGCGGAGGCUAGAGGUACCAUUGAAGGCUUAGAAGUCUCUGGUGCCAGUGAAAUUGAAAUUAGACAUCUUUCGUAUAACUUCCUCUUAGGCAGAAUCGACUACGACGUGGUGCAUCGUGGAGUAAAGAUGUCUCUUCGCCACGCUGACAUUGAACUUAUUUAUGGUGAUAGACGAGGCAAAGGUGUAGGAAGCGGAAGUAUUGAAGUCGGAGACAUCCGUAUAAAGGGCAAUGCUCUUCUUAAGCACGACGCAACCGGCCGACCCUGGAUCUACAAUAUCAAUGCCGAGGUCAGCGUUGGCAAAAUUAAGUCUGACAUGAGGAUUGUUGGCGGCCGGGACUAUUCCGAACAAGUCAAUGAUUUCAUGAAUGUGAGAGUUCACGAAUUAAUGGAUACAUACAAGAGGGAAAUAGACACCAUUGCUGGAGAAGUCAUCAAAUACGUAGUAGAAAGGUUACAGAACAGGGAAUCCAUAGCACUUGAUGAAGAGGAAAAAGAAAAUAGCAAGAAAAAACGAAGAGAUGUGAGCUCGGGUACGGAGAGACGUAAGCGCGGGGACGAUGAGCCGCAAGCGCGGGAAUUGCAAGUUCGGAGCCUGUUCCGAGCUCCAUCACAAGAACGGAUUGUGGACCAUUGGCUCGAUAAUGCGUUGUCGGUUCUUCGCAGCUAUUUGGUAAAUCAUGGUUUGGACCCCCUUAUCAUUAAACAUCGUGAAUUGGACUACAUCUUUAUUGACGGGUUAGUUCAACUUAUAGGAGAGGUUAAAGAUGUUAGAUUGGAAGGGCUCAGUGGCAUGUAUUGGAACUUCUUAUACUACAAUAUAAUAUUUGGCAGACUUGACUUUGAUCUUGCUAUGCCAAGAGUCAGUUUAACCAUUGGGUUAUACGAAGCUGAAGGUCGCUAUGGAGACAGAGGAGGCAAACUUAAAUUUUCUGGCAGUCUGGUAGUCACAGGUGCUCGCAUUAAGGGUAACGCCCUUUUGCGUUUGGACCCUGGACCGCGUGUGACCAUCCAUAACAUCAAUGUGGACUCUAGCAUUGAAAAUAUUGAGGCUGACGUUAAAGCUAGUUGGAAAUGCCGGGGCUGCCAAGGACCCGAAGACAUCUCCGAGAGCGUGAACGAAUUCAUGAACGAAACACUUCGUGAGCUUCUUUGGACCUUCAAGGUAAAAUCCAUCAAUAUAUAA